GAAUCCGGAUAUGAUGAAAAUGUUUCAGACUCUACUAAACUACCGCCACUGAGCGUCGAAGUCAGCGCGAGGAUCAUAUUAGUACUUUUUAACAGUAAAAUAACUGAAGAAAACAGGACUGGAAAACUGGUACACAAAGUUGAGGAGAAGUUUUGGACGAUAGUUCGCUCUUUCACUCAGUUUAUUUUUCAUUUUUCGUCCUAACGUCUCGAGGAAAGUUGAAAGAAGGAAGGAUGGGAAUAAGUCAGAUUUAAAGCAAAGGGAGUUGUCAUGUUUGAAAGAGGAGGGAGCGCGUGAGCAAAUGGGCUACAUGUGGAGUCUUAAAACAAGUUUAUGUAAAAAGCGCGUGAAGGGAAAUUUCCAAGAAGUUUUUACUGGGGCUCGACGUCACUUUUCUCGCACUGAAGUCUGAGGAAAGGGAGGAACUUCUGCUGUUUUUUUUUAACCCCCCCAAAGAAGACUACUGUCUCAUGUCCAAGGAGACUGUCCCCUCUCCAGACGGGCCGGCGGGAAAUGGCCCGGGGCAAGAGACAAGUCCCCUGCUGUCAGUCUCACACGAUGCUUGUGACAGUGAUUCAUCAGGAAGAACAUUGUCUCCCAGGAAACCACCCGCCGGAGGACAAAGCCACGUGACAGAGGAGAAGCCUAAUUAUUGCAAGCCUGUAAGAACUCAACCUCAGUCUGAGUCUGAUUCUGUGCCCUCUGAAGCUUCUGAGGGAGAGUCUGCCAAGGACCAGAAUGGCUUUCGCAAUGGCAGCGCUGGCACACCCACGCUGAAUAACAGCAAUGGAAUCCACCCUGCCGUUGGCGGCACAGGGGCCACGCGGACUUGCACCUGCGGUGCCAACAUCAGCACGAGUGCCACGGGAAUGCCAAGCCCUGGAACCAGCGCAGCGACGACCACUCCAAUGACGGAGCAGCCCCGGAAGCAGCCGUCCACGCCCGUGUCACACAGGGUGCAGAGGAAAUUGAGGUCCAGCUUGUCAGUCAACAGCGACAGCAGCAGACGCAGCAAAGGCAGUUCCACAAGCUCACAGAAACCUCCUUUGCCAGAGGACUGCUGCGUUCACUGCAUUUUGGCGUGCCUUUUCUGUGAGUUCCUGACGCUUUGCAACAUGGUGGUGGCCCAGGCUUCAUGUGGCGCGUGCACAUCGGAAGCAUGCUGCUGCUGCUGCUGCACCGACGACCUUGGUGAUGACUGCAACAGCCCAUGUGACAUGGACUGUGGCAUCAUGGACGCCUGCUGCGAGUCCUCCGAUUGCCUGGAAAUCUGCAUGGAGUGCUGUGGCAUCUGCUUUCCCACAUAGGGAGACCUUAAACUGCAUGGACUUGGGGUAGAUCCUGGAUGAAAAUAUGGAAGGAAACUGUAUUCAUUGUGGAAAAGUAUUACCAAAGUUAUUGAUGUAUCAGGAUUGCUGUCUAGUUGUUUCUCAUCUUGCCUUUACUUAGUAAUUUUGGAGCAACAAAUCACAUACAUUUUCAAAAGGAUGAUAUAAUCUCUUUUUAUUUCAGAAACAUGUGUUUUUUGACCAAGAUUGCAUGUGUAGUACUGUAAAACACUGUUAAAGUUUUUGUGACAGUUAAAAAAAAAAUCUUAUUUGCAUACUUUAGUUUUGCAACACAGUCUUCCAUUUAGACAUAUCUACUGUAGAACAGUUUAAACUGGUGAAAUUUAUAAGGUGGUUCAGGACUAAAGAUGAUCUGUAAAGCUGUUGUCGGGACAAAAAGUAUUUAUUCUGUUUUUAACCUCCUUUUGAAAUUGAAAGAAUCAAUUGUUAGAGAAAAAAAAAAACUGCACAAAAUGGCAUAUAAGCUUAACUGAUUGCAAAAUUUUACCAACAGC